AGCAAGCUUGGUCUUCAAGAGAAGAACCUCUUCUGCAAAUUACUCCUAUUCUUUAAUCUUGUUAAAAAAAAAAAAAAAAAAAAAAGAAGGGAGAGAGAGAUUAUUUUAAAGUCAAAAAAUUGGAAAAAGUUAAUGAAGUUGCAACAGUCUAGAGUGGAAGGAGAAAAGAGAUUAGGUUCUGGUAAUAAUUUUCCAAACAAGGGCAGUUGGCAGUGGUUAGUCUGUCUUUUAAAAUCAUACAUGUCACCUGUUAACUUGAGCAGGUACACUCGAAAGCCCAAUUACCUGGACUGCUCUAAGACCACUGCCCAUUUCACUUAUUUGUACAAUUCAAGUUAGAAAUUUGAUGCCUUUUGGUCUUUUUCCGGUACCCAUUUGAGAAUUUUCAAAAGGGUUUCUUCUACUUUUUUAUUUUUUAUUUUUCCCGGGGUCUUAUGAACAAUACCAACUAGUUAUUUUCCUGGUUGAAGCUUGUUAGAGAUAUUAUUCAAUUUUAUCACGCUUGAAGAGAUUCAAGCGGUUCACAUCAAUCACAUUGGUGUGUUGUUUUAAUGAUUGAACAGAAGAAGGUAUGAAAAUUUAGUCUCUCUCUAAACAAAAGGGGAAAAGGGAAUCUGCUUUCUUUUUGCUAGUCUGGUGAGCUGUUACUUAGCUAAUGUCAUCGUUUGUCCACGUCUUACUUUAUGCUCUGAAAGGUUCACUUUCUUGUCUCUGGGAGAGCAUUUUUCUCUUUUUCCUUCUGUGUAAUAGUGGAGUUUAAGCUUGAUCCUAGGGUUUCUGAAGGAAAAAAAAAAAAGAAGUUAAGUAGCUGGUUCUGCAGAUUUUAUGCCUGAUAUAUAUUCACAGGAUUUUAUCCUUUCACUUUCUUUGAGUCCAUUGGGAUGCUGCAAUGAGAGGCUUCUUUUACUUUAACACCCCAUCAGUCGUAUAAAAAGCUGCCAAGGUUACUUGUUCCUUGUUGAUUCUUGUAAGAUAUCACCCCCUCAACUUUAGUCAAAACUCACUUUGCCUUUCGUUUCAUAUAAUAGUUCUCUUACUAGUUUCUAACCCUUGUUGUAUAUCUGUUUACUUGGGGUUCCAUUCCAACAAAAAUACAAGUGGGAUUUCCUAGUUCUUGGGGGUUUGGUUUUCAACUUUUGUAGCUCCAGAAAUGAGUGGUCAGGAAAAUGAGAACGUGGGGUUUCAACAGAGUAGAAGUGAGGGUUUUCUUAAUUGUCCAUCUUCAAGGAUGGCCACAAACACCAUGCCUGAAAAGGCUUCAGGAGUGACUAUGAGCUCAUUGUCCAUGUUUAAGCCUCCCACUGGUUCAGACCCUUUCUUUGCUUCUGGUUGGGAUCCACUUGUUUCAUUGAGUCAGACUGAGAAUUUUGGAGGUUCUUCCAUGGUUACUCAGGGUGAAUUUUGCAAUCCUCCUUAUAAUAACCCGGUUGUGUUGGAAAGCCAGGGAAUGAGUAGCACCUCCCACCUUGUUCAAUACCCUUCCGAUUCGAGUUUCGCAGAGAUGGUUCCCAAGCUUUCGUGCUUUGGAAGUGGGAGCUUCUCAGAUAUGGUUGGCUCUUUUGGCUUGCCUCAGUGUGCCGGGAUUGCGAGUACUGGGUGUCCUCCGAAUUACCCCCCAAACAGUGAGACGACUUCAACAGUUGGUGGACAAUCUCAGGAUGGUUGCCAAAUUUCAGAUGGCGGCAUUGGAUCUUCACCUAAUGAGAAAAGAAGAAAACGAGUUCCUGAUUUCAAUUCUCCCCUCAGUCCAGAUAAGAAUGCUGAAGGGGAACAAGUACAACAGAAGGACAGUUCCAUUUCUGAUGUUCGGAAAGAACAAGAUGAGAAGAAGCCCAAAAUUGAAGAGAAUUCGAGCGGAAAUGCGCGAAACAAGCAAACCGGAAAACAAGCCAAGGACAGUGCCGACAGUGGAGAAACUCCCAAGGAAAAUUACAUUCAUGUGAGAGCCCGGAGGGGUCAGGCAACAAAUAGUCAUAGCCUUGCAGAAAGGGUGAGAAGAGAAAAGAUCAGUGAGAGGAUGAGAUUGCUUCAAGAACUUGUUCCAGGAUGCAACAAGAUCACGGGGAAGGCAGUAAUGCUUGAUGAGAUUAUCAACUAUGUUCAGUCUUUGCAACAGCAGGUUGAGUUCUUGUCAAUGAAACUAGCAACUGUGAACCCAGAACUCAACAUUGACAUAGAACGGCUUCUAUCCAAAGAUAUUCUUAACUCGCGAGGUGGCAAUGGAGCUCUUUUCGGGCUCGGCCCCGGAAUCGGCUCCUCUCAACAUUACCCACCUGGAAUCUUUCAGGGAACCAUGCCAAGUAUACCGAACACAGCUCCACAAUUUGCUUCUUUGCCUCAGACUGUACUAGAUAAUGAGCUCCAAGGUCUUUUUCACAUGGGAUAUGAUUCUAGUACGGCCCUUGAAAAUUUGGGACCAAAUGGGCGCUUGAAACCAGAGCUAUAGUUGCUGAGAUGAUAAAUUUUCCAGGUGACUGAUUUGACUCAAAUCAUGGGGAAACCAAAAAAAAAAAAAAAAAAAAAAAAAAAAAAAAAAAAAAAAAAAGGGAAAAAAAUCGGUUGUAUAGGCUCGCAGAUUCUAAGUUCCUAACUGUUCUUCGAAUUUUUAGCAGAAGAAGAUGACACCAUUUUGAGAGUCAAGAAUCAUGUAUAUUUUCAGACAACAAAGUGAAGACUUUGGUUGGUGAAAAAUGAUUUGUUUUGUUUUAUAAUCGGUGUUGUAGAUUUGUCUCCCAUGUAUGAAGCUUUGAGAGGUUUUUUUUUUCUUUGAAGAAGCUGUGAUGAUGGAAAAUGAUUUUGUAGUUCAUCAAUUCAAAGGAAAAAAAUAGAUGGACUAAAAA